AUGACAGGACGCCUUGUUGGACAGGACAUUGGGAGAGCUUUCCAUCAUUCUGUAGAUGGGCUACAUUUAAUUCAAGAAAAUGGACCCCAGUUUUUUUCAGAUGGUUUUACACCUACUCCAGGAUUUUCAUAUAAAAGUACUGAGUAUGGACAAGCAAUUCAUGAGGAUCUUCCAAAUUCAUCUGGUUUUCCCAGGGCCUGGUAUACUUUCCCAGGGACUGAAGCUUGGCCUCAUGGUGAAAUGAUGCUACAUCACAAUCCUGGAGUAGAAGCCUGUGAUUCUUUGAAAGGAGGGGAAGUGGUGAAAACAGAAAAAGAGAAUUCUCUCUAUCACCCUUGGACUUCUUGCCUGCUUUCUCAAAUCCCAAGUGGCCCUACAGGUCUGGUAUCAAAUAGUAGCCCCGUUUCCACAAGGACUUUGAGGGGAACUGGCGAGCUAAAUCUUGUGCCAUGCAGCCCCAGCGAUACCAGCAAAGGGAGCCCAAAAGCAAAUGGAAGCCUGGAGAAUGAAGAUGGAAAAGGGAUAUCGAGUGACAGUGGCGAUGAGGAAACCCUUACUGCUGAUGAUCUGGAACAAUUUGCAAAGGAAUUAAAACACAAGAGGAUAACCUUGGGGUUCACACAAGCUGAUGUGGGCCUAGCUUUGGGUGUUUUGUAUGGAAAAAUGUUCAGUCAGACAACCAUCUGUCGCUUUGAAGCACUCCAGCUGAGCUUCAAGAAUAUGUGCAAACUGAAGCCACUGUUGGAUCGUUGGCUACGGGAGGCUGAUAGCAACCAGAAUUUACAGGAGCUUUGUAAUCUAGAACAAGCUGCAAUUCAAGCACGAAAGCGAAAGAGGACUAGCAUUGAGAACAAUGUCAAGGGCACUUUGGAGUCUUACUUUGUGAAGUGUCCAAAGCCAUCUGCACAAGAAAUUGCUCACAUAGCAGGAGACCUCAGCCUGGAAAAGGAUGUAGUCAGGGUAUGGUUCAGUAAUAGAAGGCAAAAAGGCAAAAGAUCUGCUUUCCCAGGAGCAGAUGAGUUUGAUGGAACAACACAGUUUAAUAUUCCUACAGUAUCUCUGCCUAAUCCUAUGGUAUCUCAACGCUACAACAGCCAGACCUUCCCUUCCACACUCUAUGUUCCACAAUUUCAUGACACAGAAACUUUUUCACAGUCUAUGCCAUCUAAUAUGAACAGGGCAGUGGCACCUAGCUAAGCUGAAGGGCAAAAGCCUUUGUGGAGACUUUGAAAGGGUACAACUUGAAAUGGUUGGUUCCACCUAAUUAAAAUGAGGUGGUUUGGAACAUGGUGUAGU